CCGCUUCCGUGAAAACGAUCAGGCGGGCUUCUUGAUCUACAUUUCACCUACAGCUUGGAUUUCCGUUGGUCUCGUUAUUGGAAAGAGGGACCAGCCGGCCCACAUCUCUGUUGUAGCCUGCAACGGUGGCGCAUGCGACUAUUCAAGGCACGAUUACGAUCCGCUGAAGUUUCGCCCUCGCGCUAAAACUAGCAGCAAAAAAACCGUCACAAUGUCGAAAGAAAGCAACAACAAGGCAGCAAGUACAAUGUCCAUGAAUCAGCAGGAGGCACCUGCUGCGGGUGAGCACCAGACUGGUAGCAAAGAAUCAGAGUCAGGAGCAACUACACCAGGAACUUCUGGAACAAUCACGAACACAGAUGUCGCAGCAAAAGGCUUACCAGUUUCUUCAUUUGAAGGUGCAGCAGAAAGCAUCAAGGCCGCUGCAGAGGAAGCACCGCUGUCGCAUGCGAUUACACUUCGAGUGGAAAAACGCGGGACCGAGUUCCUGGUAAAAGCUUUCGACUACGAUCUUCGUGAGUGGAAAGAGAUUCGUUUCUGUCACCUCUACCCGGACCUCUCUACCACCACUGAUAUUCUUAACGGUCGUGAUGCGAGACCGACUGCGAGAAACCUAACCUACUAUGGGGUUUUCAGCACUACGCCUGACGUGUUUAGCUGUGGUAGAAAGGUCACCAAAGAUAACAUACCUCCACCGGGAGCUCCAAUGAAUGCACGUGACACCACUGCUGAUGGAAGUUGUCAAUCUUCAAGCGCUUCCUGCUACGAAUUGGUCUCCCGAUUCCAUAACUUUGCGCUUGAGUGGAAUUCUUGAAAAUGAAAAUGUUUGCUAAGUGCGCGGUCGCAAAGAAGCUUAGUGUUGUGUACUAGUAUAGCUUCAUCAUCUUACAUUUAGUACAAUCACAUCAACCUCAACGAGGACCUUGUUCUUUUAUCAUGUUAGGUAUGAUAAGCGGUGAUGUCUUCACCCUUUGUUUCUUUCCGUCUUUUCCUAGUUAGGUUGGCUCCACCACUAUGUUAGGUAAAACAAACUUAGAUCGACGUCGUAUCCCGAUUCUUUGAUGAGGCCCUACAAUUUCCCAGUUUUUCUUCCAGAACCCCAUGAUUGAAACUCAAUCGUUAAUGAUUCCUCUUCUUUACUCCUCUGAAGUCAGGGACUGAACCCAUCAUUAUUUGAUUAUCGUACAACACCACGCUCACGCGCAAGAUAUUGAUGAUGUAGAGAAGGAGGUGACUGAAAGGGAAAU